AGACUUGAAGGUAGAGAAGAAGCUAUUGUGAUAAAUUUGUCCUCUACAUCUCUUCCAUGACUUGAAAAUCAAGAACUACAGCAGUAGCACCUCAGGCUUCAUCCUCCUGGGCCUCUCUUCCGACCCAUGGCUGCAGAAACCUCUCUUUGCCAUCUUCCUCCUCAUGUACCUGGUCACCAUCCUAGGCAAUGUGCUCAUCAUCCUGGCCAUCCGCUCUGACUCCAGGCUCCACACCCCUAUGUACUUCUUUCUCAGCAACUUAUCCUUCAUGGAUAUCUGCUUCACAACAGUCAUUGUGCCCAAUAUGCUGGUGAAUUUACUCUCAGAGACAAAGGCGAUCUCCUAUGUGGGUUGCCUGGCACAGAUGUACUUCUUCAUGGCUUUAGCAAACACUGAUAGCUACCUGCUAGCCUCCAUGGCCAUUGACCGGCUGGUGGCCAUCUGCAACCCCUUCCACUAUGAUGUGGCUAUGAGCCCAAGGCACUGCCUCCUCAUGCUGUUGGGUUCAUGCACCAUCUCCCACCUGCAUGCUCUGUUCCGUGUGCUACUCAUGUCUCGCCUCUCUUUCUGUGCCUCCCAUGUCAUUAAACACUUCUUCUGUGAUACCCAGCCUGUGUUAAAACUGUCCUGCUCUGACACAUCCUCCAGCCAGAUUGUGGUCAUGACUGAGACCCUGGCUGUCAUCGUGACCCCCUUCCUUUGCAUCCUCUUCUCCUACCUGAGAAUCAUCAUCACUGUGCUCAGCAUCCCCUCUGCAGCUGGCAAGUGGAAAGCCUUCUCCACCUGUGGCUCCCACCUCACUGUAGUGGCCCUCUUCUAUGGCAGUGUCAUCUAUGUCUAUUUUAGGCCCCUGUCCAUGUACUCGGUGGUGAAGGACCGGGUCGCCACAGUUAUGUACACAGUAGUGACUCCCAUGCUGAACCCUUUCAUCUAUAGCCUGAGGAACAAAGAUAUGAAGAUGGGUUUGAGGAAAUUAAGGGACAGAAUUCACUCCUAG